AUGUGGCAUGUGUCAGACUGGUUUACCUACGUUGGGGAGCCACAUAACUUCACUAUCGCGCCACACCCAAACAUGCCUAUAAAGAAGAACCCAAAAGAUAAGAGAGAUGCACAACAGAGCUCAACCGCCACACGACCCUCUCCAUCCUCUCCAGCUGAGAGAUCUCCAUAUACCACCAUGAGUCUGAGGAACACCCGCCGAACAGGACUACACAUGUCUUCUGGGGGCUUCAGCAGCAAGUCCAUGGGGACCUACUCCAUCCCCAAGAUCAGUCAGAGGUUUAGUCAGGCGUCCUCGAUUACACCAGUGACCGUCAAUCAGAGCCUGCUGGCCCCAUUGAAGAUAGACAUUGACCCCAACGUCCAAAUAGUUCGCACCCAGGAAAAAGAGCAGAUCAAGACACUCAACAACCGUUUUGCUUCCUUCAUUGAUCAGGUAAGACACCUGGAGCAGCAGAACAAAAUGCUGGAGACCAAGUGGCAGCUGCUGCAGGGACAGACUGCCACCUCCUCUAACGUUGAACUCAUGCUGAAGUCGUACAUCACCACCCUGCAAAGGCAGCUGGAGUUUCUGAACAACAACAAACAAGGACUUGAAGUGGAGAACAACGCCGUUCACAAAAAUGUGGACGACUUCAAGACAAAGUAUGAGACAGAGAUCGUCAAAAGGAAUGAUGCAGAGAAUGAAUUUGUGCUGCUCAAAAAGGAUGUGGAUGCAGGCUAUUUGUCCAAGGUGGAGCUAGAAGACAAGGUGUUGCUCAUCAGGGAUGAAUAUAACUUCCUCAAGGCUCUGUAUGACCAGGAGAUCUGUGAGCUGCAGGAGAGCCUGAAGGAGACCUCUGUAAUAGUGCAGAUGGACAACUCCCGUGCCCUGAACAUGGAUCAGAUCGUGGCUGAGGUUCGGACUCAGUAUGAGGAAAUUGCUGCCCGCAGCCGUGAAGAAGCUGAAAACUGGAACAAGAAAAAAAUUGACCAAAUAACUUCUGAGGCCGACCAGUAUGCCAAUGAGCUGCGUUACACAAAGGCGGAAAUAUCUGAGCUCAACCGGAUGAUCAGCCGCCUGCAAAACGAGAUCCAGGCUGCAAAGGGACAGCGUACUAACCUGGAGGGUCAGAUAACCGAGGCGGAGCUUCGUGGGGAUGCGGCUGUGAAAGAUGCCAAUGCUCGCAUCAAGGACUUGGAACUGGCUCUGCAGAGGGCCAAGCAGGACAUGGCUCUUCAACUCAGAGAGUACCAGGAGCUCAUGAACGUCAAGCUGGCCUUGGACAUUGAGAUCUCCACCUACAGGAAACUGCUGGAGGGGGAGGAGGAGAGACUUGGACAGGACUCUGUUGUCAGCAUCCAAACAGUGCCCACCAAAACUGUCCAGGUUAAAGUCGGACGUCCACGAAGGCCAAGUGCAGUCCUCAUCAAGACAGUGGAGACCUAUGAUGCAACAUACAGCUAAAGCAGAAAACACACUGCAGCAUGUUAGUCUGCUGGAACACUGUAUUCAUUUAACCUUUAUAUUAAUCUCUUUGUAACCUACAAUAAGCCAACUGCACCAGUGAGCUGAACUGGUGCAGUUUAUUAUUCUUUUAUUUGUCUCCUCCUGUUGGAUUAAUUUCCUGUGUUUGUAAUAAAGAUAUACUC